UGUCUGACUCCUGACAUUCAGAUUUUGUUGUUUUGUAGAUCUAUCUAGCUUGUCUAAUCAAGGUCUAUCAGGAAUCAGUGCUCUGCCAGACAUCAUCCUAUUUUGGGGAAACAUUGUGGAAGUACCGCGUAAAAAUAUAAAAAUUAGCGGAGCUUUAUAUCAGACUGGAAUGAUUGGAUACAUGAAGGAAUGAGAGAGACUUGGCUAUUAACAUCUAAACUUGCCGUGUGUCACUAUUAAUAUGACUGAUAUUGAUAGUGCUAUCGGAGAUCUGCUUGCUGGAAAAGCCCCAGAUAUUCCUCUUGACAGGUACGAUAUAUGCCGCAAGUCUUGUGACAAUGCCAAGCCUACAGUACUUGGGUAUAAUACUAUCAUCAUUGUUGCUGCUGUGAUACUGGAUGAUGAAGGACGCAUUGUACUCAUUCAAGAAGCUAAGGAGUCCUGUAGAGGGAAGUGGUAUCUUCCUGCUGGAAGGCUGGAGAAAGAGGAAACCUUGGAGAUGGGAGUGAAGAGAGAAGUAAAGGAAGAAGCAGGAUUUGAUUUUGAGCCAACUAAUAUUGUAAAAGUGGAGAGUUCGUUGCUUGCAGGCUACUGGAUAAGAUUUACUUUUACUGGCAAUAUCAUUGGAGGAACUCUGAAGACUGAGAAAGAAGCUGAUUCAGAAUCACUUCAAGCAAGAUGGUGCUCUAUGAAUGAUAUCGCUAACCUGAGAUUAAGAGCAAGAGAUAUCCUACCAGUCAUUGAACUUACCCAGAUGUAUUACCAAAGUUCACCUACAGAGAGACAUCCAUGCAUCAUGCCAGCACUCAAUCCUCAUAAACAUAUGUGUAUGAGGAUCAUGCUUGUUAGACAGAAACAGAAUUCUUUUGAUGUACUACUCUGCACUCAGGAUUCACUUCAUUUUCCUAUUAUCAGAGAUGGAUGGCAGGCAGAGGAUUCGUUACAUAGACUAGAAAAGGAGGCAUUCAAAGGGAAGAACAUGUACGGCUCUCAUUAUAUUGUAUGUAUAGAGCAUGUAGGGAGCCCUCAUGGUUCAGCCGAUGGUGUAUGUCUCAAUCUUCUUACCAUGACAGAAGUAGAUAGAGAACUCAACAAUCCUCACUACAUCUGGCAUCCUAUCUCAAGUAAUGAUCUCAAGAGACAACUCGCAAGUAGAACCAGACAUGGUAUGAGUGUAUUAUGUCCGUAACACAUAAAAAGUAUUUUUGAAAAUGUCCUCCAUGUUAUAUUCCAUUUGUGUACUUUCAAAUAUUUUGAAAUUGAUGAAGAGACUUGUAAUUAUUAUGUAUUCAGAUUAGAACACACUAUUGCUAUGUGUCUGUGCUGCCACAAUCUCUCUCUUGUGGCAAUACAUAUGCAUUUGUGGUAGAAUUUUUCUUUCUUCUAACACUCUAGAAAAAAUCAAAUUCAGAAAUUUGAUCAUUCCAAUAUUCCCAUUAUAUGAAA